AUGGGGUCUGAUCCACCUCCGCACUACGUGAACUUGAUGGAGUAUCUACAUCCUGUAUUCGCGCUUGACCGCGAAGUACCUCGACUGAUGUGGCUCCUGCGUCUCAUUCCUUUCAAACCGCUCCGAGAUAUAUGCGGGGUCGUGGAUUACAUCUAUGGAUACGGCGACGCUCGGCUGCGCGAUUCUAUCGCCCGGUUCGGCCGGCAGUCACGUCGACGAGACCUCCUUACCAAACUGAUUACAGGCGAUUCUGAGAAAGGAGUUGAGCCUCUUAGCGAUGAGGAAAUAUCCGUUGAAGUCAGCCACUUCAUAUACGCGGCUACAGACACCACGGCGGCGGUCAUGACGUACUUCUUGUACGAGAUGGCCGCGAAUUCAGAGUGGCAGACGCGGUUCCGGAAAGAAUUAGCAGCCGAAAAUAUGAAAAGUAGAGGAUGUCCGUACUCGAUCACGAUCUCAACGCCUGCAUUUACCAUCCAGCGCAACCAGGAAGCCUUUCCCAACCCGGACUCUUUUGAUCCGGGCCGCUGGCUCUCUACCGCGGGAACCAUUUCGCCCACUGAAAGCUCAUCGGGUCAUCAUGCAGCGUACACAUUCGCACCCUCACCCCUCAUGCAAGCGCAUAUGCUAGUCUGGGGAGGCGGCGAGCAUGUCUGCGCGGGACAGAAUAUGGCUAUGAUGGAGAUCAAGAUCAUGGCGGCAAGGGUACUGAGCCAGUUCGUGAUUAGAGUUGCGAGCGCGCAGACGCACAAGGAUAUGGAGAUGCGGGAUCACUUCGUCCUCGAGCCGAGAGGCGGGAAGGGCUUGUUCGUGUUUGAGCGCGUUAAUGGGAAAGAUGAAUGA